AUGACUUCUUUUGAUGAUCAAGGCUUCCCUAUUGUUCACCUUUCGAGCGAUGGCUGGUCAACUGAGGACGAAGCAACUGCCACUUGUUUCUGCGGAGCUGUACAGCUAGUACUUCCACUGAAAAAGCCCGGUCUUCUCAACCGCCAUGUCUGCCAUUGCAUCGACUGUCGCAAGAUCGGCUCAGCCUUCUAUCAGUCCAACAUCACAGUAGACGACACAUAUCUCAAGCACGUCCGUGGUGAGGACAAUCUCUCAACCUUUAGUGAGGAGAAGACCAUUCGCGCCAACGCGACCAUGAGCAACUAUUUUUGCAAGACAUGCGGCACACUCAUGUAUCGUCGUGGCGCUCGAUUUCCAGGCUUGACGAUUCUGAGGACCGGUACUGUUGAUGAUCUCAGCCUUGCAGAUACGAAAUUGAGACCUCAGGUCGAACAAUUCAUCGAGAGACGAGCUGCUUGGUCUAAACCCAUAGAUGGUGCAGCACAGGUUGUUGGGAUGCACCAGCCUUCGGAUAUUGAGGGUAUCCCUUAG